UACUGCAUCAGCUGCAUGGUGUAUACAGCACUGUCAUGACGAAGUUAUCACUUACAAGAUGCUUUUGCCGCAGAGACAGAAAGAAAUGAUCAUUACACUAGAAUGUAUUGUGUCAAAUAAUUGAGCCAAACGAGUAAUAUACACGUUGAACGUAUUUGUGGACUGUGACAUGGUUGUGACACUGUAGGACUCUUGACAGAAUGCUCUGGAAACUAUCUGCUGAGAUUUUUAUAUUUUGCAUCGUAGCAGAUAUUUCUCUUGCUUCUGUUCAUUCCAAGCGUAAUGACAGCUACGAAUGUAGACUGGGAUCGAACACUCCUUACAGAUGCGUAGCUAAUUACGAUGAAUCGCCGUUGGAGUAUCCAGAUUGUGUGGAGAAAAAGAUUUGGUUGAUCUUUCGCCAUGGAACUCGAUAUCCAGGCAAGAAGUACAUACCUCGUAUGAUAGACGACUUGCCCGAGUUGCAGCACGUGAUACUAAGAAAUUAUGAGAACGGAGCGACAAGUCUGUCGGCCGACGACGCGGCUCUGCUUAAGAAAUGGAAACUGUCGUUCGUCCAGGGGAACAUGAUGAAAUUGGCAUUGGAAGGGGAGAACGAAAUGAUCGAUCUCGGAGAGAGGUACCAGGCGAGAUUUCCAUCCUUGAUGCCAGAGGCUUUCGACAAUCAGACAUACAAAUAUGUUUCAGAAAUUGCACAUUUAAUGUACAUAACGUGUGCUUUUGAAACUGCUUUAAAUCAGAGUGCAGUGUCUCCUUGGUGUAAAAUAUUUUCAUUAAAUGAUUUCAAGGUCUUUGAAUAUAUAGAAGAUUUAGAAUUGUAUUGGAUCGACGGAUAUGGCUAUUCAUUAACUUACGAGCAAGCGUGCGCAGUCUUAAAAGACAUGUUUGACUCCUUCGGAUCCAAAAAAGGGGCGAUGACUACAGCUUAUUUUACACAUUCCGGCACGAUUUUGAAAUUAAUAGCCUUACUCGGACUAGCCAAAGAUGCGCAUCCUUUGACGCACGAUUCCUUCAUAUUACGCAAAAAGGAAGACAAAAGAGCUUGGAGGAGCAGUAUUAUUGACACGUUUGCAUCUAACAUGGCAUUCGUCUUGUACGAUUGCGAAUAUUACGGGCCCAGUGUUUUAUUCAUGCUUCAGGAACGACCGCUAUAUUUGCCAGGCUGUCCGAAAGAUAGGCCAUGUCCAUUAGAUACUAUGAGGGCGAUUUAUCCAGAUCGCAAUGAAGAAUGCCAGUUUGAUGCUAUGUGCCAUACAACAAAACAAGACAAUUGACGCCAAAAAAAUAUUUUUGCAGUAACGCCAUAUACGUAUGCGUUCUUCUAUUUGUUUACAUAUCUAAAUAAAAAUACGUGACAAUUUAGUUUUCGAAAAAAGAUAUUUUUCUAAGAAAAGUUCGACUGAAACGUACCUGGUUCGUUUUU